AUGUUGCCGCCGAAACUGCAAAGGUUGCUCAAACCCUGUAGUAGUACGACCCAUUCACAACCAUGGUCGCUUAGAACCUUAUCAACCAUAGCACCACCAGAUCCAAACCCUACAAGUCUCUCUCUCCUUGCUGACAAAUGCACAAGCAUGGCGCAGCUGAAACAGGUGCAUGCCCAGAUGAUCGUUUCAGCUCGCAUCAACGAUCACUUCGCCGCUAGUCGGUUACUCUCCUCUUGCGCAGUUUCCACCUUCGGAGACCUCAAUCACGCUUCCAGAAUCUUCUCUUCCAUCCACCGACCCAACACCUUCAUGUGGAACACCCUCAUUCGCGCCCACGCCCAAGCCGGUGGCCCCCACUCUCUGUUCCUUUAUGUUAACAUGCGCAAGCUCGGCGCUUUGCCCGGAAAACACACCUUCCCCUUUCUCCUCAAAGCUUGUUCACACUUGCCAUCUUUACCAGCUUGCAAACAGGUCCAUACCCAUGUUUUGAAAUUUGGGUUGGGGUCUGAUUUGCACGUGGUUAACGGUUUGGUUCGGUGUUACUCUGUUUCGGGUGAUUUGGUUGAUGCCCGGUUUGUGUUUGAUGAAAUUCCUGAAAAAAGUUUGAGUCUUUGGACCACGAUGAUUUGUGGGUAUGCUCAGAAUUUCUGCUCUAAUGAGGCUUUGGCGCUUUUUGAUGGGAUGAUUGUUGAGGGGUUUGAGCCAAAUGGUGCUACCUUGGCUUCGGUGUUGUCUGCGUGUGCCCGAUCGGGUUGUCUUAGGAUAGGGGAAAGGAUCCAUAAGUUUAUGAAAGUGAAAGGGGUUGAAGUCGGAGUGAUUCUUGGGACGGCAUUGAUUUAUAUGUAUGCGAAGAAUGGGGCGAUUGUGAUGGCUCGGAAGUUGUUUGAUGAAAUGCCUGAAAGGAAUAUUGUUACUUGGAAUGCCAUGAUCUGCGGGUUGGCUGCUCAUGGACAUGUUGAAGAUGCUCUUAGUUUAUUUGAGAAGUUAAAGAAGGAGCAGGUUGUAGUUCCGAAUGAUGUCACCUUCAUAGGGGUUUUAUCUGCUUGUUGUCAUGCUGGCUUGCUUGAAGUUGGUCGCAAUGUUUUUUGUUCGAUGAAGACAGUAUAUGGAAUUGAACCGAAGAUUGAACAUUAUGGGUGCUUGGUUGAUCUUCUUGGUAAAGGAGGUAAGUUGCUAGAGGCAGAGGAACUAAUAAAAGGCAUGCCGUGGAAGGCUGAUGUGGUUAUUUUAGGAGCUUUGUUGGCUGCUAGCAAGAAUAAAGGAAAUACUGAGGUUGCUGAAAGAGCGGUAAAAGAAAUUCUUGCUCUGGAACCUCGUAAUCAUGGAGUUCAUGUUGCUUUGUCAAAUAUGUAUGCAGAGGCUGGACAAUGGCAGGAAGUUUUGAGACUGAGGAAGAUGAUGAAAGAAGAGAGACUCAAGAAAGCACCAGGGUGGAGCCUCGUGGCCACUUAA